AUGUUGUAUGCAGAGCCACCAUGGUAUCCAAAUCUCACUCGACACACCAUUUUAUGCCCUGACCCGCCCUCAAACAUGUCGACACCCACCUUUGACCAUGACACCAAAGCCAGCGAUUUGGUGCGCCACUAUGCUGCCAACAUCGUCAAUAAGACAAUACUUAUUACUGGCGUCUCCCCUUCUGGUCUCGGGGACAGCUUUAUCCGACAAAUCGCGCCUUCAAAGCCCGCCAAGCUUAUCCUCGCUGGUCGUAUACCUGCCAAGUUCCAAAAGCUUGUUGAUGAGAUCGCCUCAACGCACCCUGAGAUUAAGAUCAAAACCCUUGAGCUGGAUCUUGCGUCUUUCUCCAAUGUACGCAAGGCUGCCGAGAUGGUAAUCGCUUCGCCAGAUAUUUCACACAUUGAUGUCCUGGUAAACAACGCUGGCAUCAUGGCCGUUCCGUUUAGCCUGACCGAAGACGGCUUUGAAAUCCAAUUCCAAACGUGCCACCUCGGUCAUUUCCUCUUCACAAACCUCAUCAUGAAUAAGAUCUUAGCUUCCAAGGAACCUCGGAUUGUCAACAUCAGCAGCAAUGGGCACCGCCUCGGCACUAUGCGGUGGACCGACCAUAACUUCAGUGACUAUGAAAAGUGGGCAGCCUAUGGGCAGGCAAAGACUGCAAAUAUCCUCAUGGGGAUAGCAUUGGCGGAGAAACUCGGCGACAGAGGUCUUCUCGCCUUCAGUCUUCAUCCCGGCGGCAUCAUGACGAACUUGGUGAGCCACCAUACAGGUCCAUUUGAUAACUUCGUCGAGGAUCUACGACAAGCUGAUGCUAGGGUUGGCACACGAUUCAUGUGGGGCUUCGAGAAGACGGGGGGCAAGUUCAAGGAUCUCGACGAGGGCGUGGCAACACAUGUCUUCGUGGCCUUUGACCCAACAAUUGCAAAGAGCAACGGUGGCUACUUUGACGACUGUCAGCUCGCAGAUCCCUUUAAAGAACAGGUCUAUCCCUGGGCAACAAGCAAGCCUGACGCAGAGAUGCUCUGGACGCUCAGCGAGAAGUUGGUGGGGCAGGAGUUUCGAUACUGA